ACAGUACUUAGUUUUCCAACAGUGUUCGAAAGGCAUCACAACAAGAGAAUUUCUAUUUCUGUGGCUGACGUAAAUUUUCCUUACCCAAAAAACGCAAACAACUCCCUCUGUGAAAAAGGAAUAGCAAGCACAUAGCAGUCAAUAAAUAACUUGCAUUCACAUUUUUCGUAAAAUUGGCGACAAGCUAUCGUAGUGAUUAGACAAGAACAACAAGGCACACUAUAGUAGGUUGUGACUGUUCUACUUUCGUUGUAAGCCGUUUGUACGCCGUGUGCUAGAACAAGACAAACAGUAUUUGUUGCGGAAUUCAGCACAAAAGCCGGCUAGUGGCAGAAAAGAACAAACGCAAUUAAAUCAUCGACGAACGAUAGAGCAAAAGUAGUGCUUGUGCCGCCGAUCAGAGGAGAGCUCCAGCGAACGGAAGAAAACGUGGUUUUGCCGCAAAAAGAAGAAAACACGAAACAGAAAAAACUGGAAACAGUGUGUAAAAAGAAAAUAAUAAGAAACUGAAAGAAAAGUAAAGAAGCGGGUUUUUUCUAUUUGAAGUCGUAUAAGGAAUACAGAAAUACCGUUAAGAGAAGAACAAUUGCGUUUUAGUACGUGAAAAGUAAUUAGCAAAGGAAAACAGAGUUACUAAUUCUUGCAAACGGGAAAAGAUGGAAACUCAAAACACUACUCCAACUCCUGCCGAGGCAGCCACUACCAAUGGCGGCAACGCAACUCAAGAAGUCUCGUCCACAACUCAAUCUGUGGAGCCUACCAAACGCUCGCUUCGCCUACAAGCAUGGAAGAAAUUCAGAGAAGCAAAUCAAGGUUUGGUUAGAGGUGGUGUCUUCAAUCGUAUGCCCAGUUUUGUGGACAACGAUAAGGCCAUCACUUUGUUGACCGAAACCGAGGAAUUUAAAAAAGCCAAGGAAGUCAAAACACAAAUGGAUCGUGCUUUGAUUGGCGUCAAAUUGCAAACAUUGCUGGCCGGCAAGAAUUUGUAUUUGACUAGCACUCGUAAAUCGAAAGCGCUGUUUUUGAAGGUCGACGUGCCCGCCGAUGCUGACGAUGAGACAAGGAACAAAGUAUUGAAUGUCCGAAAUGUUGAGGAAUAUCGUACCGAAAUCGGUCUUGACAACAAAGUUGUUUUGGACUUGGUCAUCAUUGGUUCGGUAGUUGUAUCUCGCGAUGGUUAUCGCAUUGGCCGUGGCAAUGGUUUUAUUGACUUGGAAAUUGGACUUCUCAUUGAGGCUGGUGCAAUUACAGAAAAGACUCUCAUUGCCACCUUGGUCCAUGACAGCCAGGUUGUUGAUAGUUUGCCAACAAAUCUCUUCCAAAAACACGAUGUACCUGUUGAUCUAAUUGUGACACCAACUGAGGUAAUUCGUGUUGCCAAACGUCUACCACGUCCCACCGGUUUGUACUGGGAAUUAAUUUCUGAACGCCGCCUCAAAAUCGUAGCAGGACUUGAAUUGCUAAAAGAAGCUCAGGAAAAAGAAGGUAAAAUUAUAACGCUCAAGGAAGAAGACACAGAUAUUGAGCAGGGUCACAAUCGCCGCCGUUUCCCACAACGUCGUCGUUUUGGUGGUCGUGGACGUUAUCCCCGUCGCACAGUAUCGCAAAAUAAUGCAUCAGAUCAACAACAAGGUGACAAUGCUCAGCAGCAAAAACGUAAUCCAUCUCGUAGAAGACGUUUUGUUAACCGUCGCAGACGCCCAACAAAGUCCGAAGGUGACCAAUCUGGCGUUGAAUCCAAGAGCCAAGAACGUAAAUCAGGCGGUGAAGGUGGCAACAGAAGACUGAGACAACGCAAAAACCGUCCACAACGUGAUUUCUCAGUUAAACUCACUAAUAUCUCACGUGAUGUGCGCGUCAAGGAUUUGAAGUCGGAAUUGCGCAAUCGUGAAUGCCAUCCAAUGGCCAUUACAUGGAAGGGUAGCUAUGGUCGUUGCUAUUUGCACUUUGGUAAUCGCAGUGGCCAACCCAGCACUGAAGAGGAUAUGAACAAAGUGUUGGAAGCCUUGAACAAUCUCUCCCUGACCAUCACGCCACCCGAAAAGAGUGCUACUGAAGGUGGUGCAACAAAUGGCGGCGAAGAAGGUGCUACUGAUGCCAACAACAAGCCAGCACCCAAAGUUGUUAAUCUCAAUGUUCAGCUGAUCAAGUACAGCGAUAAGGCGGCAAAGAAAACCGGCGAUUCCGCCAAUGCUGCUGCUCCUGGAGCCGGUGCCGCUGCCACUGUUAAUGGCGGUGAGGCAGCCGCUGGCGGUGAUGCCAGUUCCGCACGCAUUGAGUCUGUCGAUACCACAACGGUAUAGUGUGAGAUGCGAGCUGUUUUAAAACGGCUAUAUUUUUGGUUUGGAUAUUUGGAAGCGUGUAUUUUAGCAUCAAAUGGAGAAAUAUAUUUUUAGCAUUCAUGACGCCUUAUCAUCAGCGUCUAAUUAACUUUAAUAUGAACGACGAACAAAUGCCUAUAAUGACCUCAAUUGCUAUUAACAUUUAUUACUCUUCACAUUAUUGAUAACAUUUUCAAAUAUAAAUAAUUUUUUUUUCAAAUUAUACAUAAAUAUUGUUAUAAUAUGAUGUCUAAUUUGCUUUAAAAAUACUUAUUUUCAAUUGCUACAACUGAUUAUCGUCCUGUUCAUUGCAUUUUUGUUAUAAAAUUUAUCAAUACUCCUUUUUUUUUAAACUUAGCUGCGGAACUUGUCUCCAUGGUUCCUAUUGUUAGAUAGUUUAUAAUGUUGCUGGAAUCAAUUAUUAUUUUGUUUUUUGUUUAAGCUUUUUAACAAUGAUUAUUGUUUUAUUUUUGAAAUGCUAAAAUACACGUUGUCCAAAUGCCCACUACCGCGCAACAACAACAAACAACUAUUCUUGAAAUGAAAUUGCUGCGUCUCAUGCAGAUGCAAUACGCUUUUUCCGACAGCUGAGCUGUCGGCUUAGGUUGCGUAUAUGUGUCUGUUAAGCGCACUUUUUCAAAUAACAUUGUAACAACAUCAAAAGAAAAUCAAGAACAUCAAUUGAUACUUAUUUUAUAUUGAAGAAAGAGAAGAAAACAAAACUUCAAAAAAAGAACAAAACUACAUGAAAAAAAAAAAAUUAAAAACUCAAUUAUUUAAAAAAAAAAAUAUAUGCAAAAAAAGAAUACUUGAACUAACUAACAACAACAAAACUGUUCAUACAGAAACAAAAAGAAAACAUGUCGAAUGUCAUCAUCGAGUAUGUUACUUUUUUUAACAUUACCGUAUUUUUUUUAUUUUUUUUUAAUUUGUUUAAAAAAAGAAAUUCUCUACGACAUUAUUAAAUUUUUAGUUUAUUUUCUCUCCCCUGUAACUUUCACUUUAGUACACAUUUUUUGUUUUAACAUAAACAAUAUACAUUUACACAACUCAUAAAAUAAAAAUUACUUUCCUUUUUUAUACAAACAAAAUUUAAACAAACAAAACUUGUGAAACUUGAAUUAAAACAUGAAAUAUAUAUAGAAACUUUUUUGAACAAUUA